AAUAACUAAAAAAAAUUAAAAGAAAAAAUAUCUAUUCAAAAUAAAAAAAUAAAUAAGUUAUUAAAAGCAUUUAAAUAAAAGUAGAAGGAAUUAAAUAUGUUUUUACGUAGAAUUUAAAGCUUAUCAAGCAAAUUUUAAUAGAUCCAUAUGAUCAAAAAUUAUUUUAGAUUCAGCUCAUCUGGUGCUAGUGCCGAGGCUGGAGAAAUUGAGCGUGAAAAGAUGGAAUAUGAUGUAGUGAUUGUUGGUGGUGGACCUGCUGGUCUUUCUGCUGCUAUUCGCUUAAAAUAAUUAGAAUAAUAGCACGAACGUCCCCUUUCCGUUUGUCUUAUUGAGAAGGGUUCUCAGAUAGGUUCUCAUAUAUUGUCAGGCAACUGUUUUGAACCCCAUGCCUUAGAUGAACUAAUUCCUGGAUGGCGUAGUAUGGAAAAUAGACCUCCAGUUAAUACUCGUGUCACUCAUGAUAAAUUUAUGAUUUUAUUUGAUGAAGAUAAAAGCAUCGAAAUUCCAAACACUUUACUCCCCUCUACUAUACAUAAUGAGAAGAAUUACAUUAUCUCAUUAGGAGAUCUUUGUGCUUGGUUAGGUGAAUAUGCUACAAAUCUUGGUGUAGAUAUCUUCCCUGGUACAGCAGGUUAAAAAGUUGUUUACAGCUAAGAAGGAUAUGUUAAAGGUGUCUAAACUGGUGAUAUGGGUAUUGCUAAAAACGGAGAACCCAAAGACAAUUUCACUCCUGGUAUUGAAUUAUUGGCUAAGCAAACUAUUUUCUCAGAAGGUUGCAGAGGUUCUUUGAGUGAAAGUUUAAUGUCUCAAUUUAAUUUAAGAGAUAAGAGUGAUCCUUAAAUUUAUGGUUUAGGUAUUAAAGAAGUUUGGGAAAUUAAACCUGAAAAGUUCGAAAGUGGUCUUGUUUAGCAUACUGUUGGCUGGCCUCUUGAUCAUUCAACAUAUGGAGGUUCAUUCUUAUAUCAUAAGGAUCCUAACUAAGUUCAUAUUGGUUUUGUUGUAGGCUUGUAAUAUUAAAACCCAUAUAUUAAUCCUUAUGAGGAAUUCUAGAAAUUCAAAACUCAUAAAGUAGUAAGAUCGAUGUUAGAAGGAGGUAACUGUAUCUCUUAUGGUGCUAGAGCUAUUAAUGCAGGAGGUUAUUUUUCAAUUCCUAAAUUAACAUUCCCUGGUGGUGUUCUUACUGGCUGUGGAGCUGGUUUUUUGAAUGUUGCAAAAAUUAAAGGUACCCAUAACGCAAUGAAGUCAGGAAUGGUAGCUGCUGAGAAUAUUUAUAAAAGCUUAGCAAUAGAAGGUACUGGUGAAGGCGUAGAACUCAAGUAAUAUCAAACAGAUAUGGAAAACUCUUGGGUUUAUAAAGAAUUAUUUGAUUUUAGAAAUUCUAAAAAUGCUUUCAAGUACGGUCUUUACCCAGGACUUUUGUUGAAUGGCUUCUAACUUCAUAUAACUAAAGGAAGAGAACCAUGGAACUUAAGAACAAAUAAAAAGGAUAGUGAAUAGUAUAAAUAAAAGGAAAACUUUAAGCCUAUAAAUUAUCCUAAAAAAGAUGGAAAACUUACAUUUGAUAUUCUUGAAAAUUUAGCUAGAAGUGGUACUUAUCAUGACGAUGAUUAACCUUCUCAUUUAAAAAUUAAAACUGGACUUAAUUAAGUUCCUCUUGAAUCUUUAGAAAAGUUUGAUGGACCUGAAUAAAGAUUUUGCCCUGCUAAGGUUUACGAAUUUGUAGAUGAUGAAAAAGGAGGAAAAAAGCUUUAAAUUAAUGCCUAAAAUUGCUUGCAUUGCAAAACUUGUUCAAUUAAAAUGACAUAAGAAUACAUCGACUGGACUGUUCCUGAAGGAAGUGGUGGUCCUAACUAGUAAAUUAAUUAAAUUUCACAAAUAAAUUUAAAAUCCAUUAAAAAAAUAAAAUAGCAACGGAAUGUGAGAGUAUCCUACCUAGCUGUGUUUAAUUUAAAUAAGUUAAGAUCGGAUUGUAUAAAGACUAUAUAUUUAUUAAUUUAAAUUUAUUCAAAUAUGUUUUAUUUUAUUUAUAUUUAGUAUAAUAAAUAUUUUUAAUAGCCUAUUUCUAAAAAAGCUUUAUUUUUAUUUAAAAUUGAGUAUAAUUUCUUUUUUUGA